CGGCCGGCUCUGUCUUCCACGCGGGCGCGGCCUGGCGGAUGUGGGCGCCGCGCUACCUGCUGCGGGUCGCGCGUGGGCGCAGCAUGUCGCAGGGUCCCGCGCGCCGCCCGCGGCCGCCCAGGGAGCCGCCGCGGCACCUGCGCGCGCGCGAGAAGCGCGACCCGGCGCGGGAGCCCGGCGGCCCCAACACGGCGUUCCUGCAGGUGGUGGCGGCGGGCGGGCGCGAUGCGGGCGCAGCGCUCUACGUCUUCUCGGAGCACAAUCGGUAUCUCUUCAACUGCGGCGAAGGCGUGCAGCGACUCAUGCAAGAGCACAAAUUGAAGGUGGCUCGUUUGGACAACAUAUUCCUCACCCGGAUGCACUGGAGUAAUGUUGGCGGACUGUGUGGAAUGAUCCUUACUUUAAAAGAAACCGGGCUUCCAAAGUGUGUUCUUUCUGGACCUCCACAACUGGAAAAAUACCUAGAAGCUAUCAAAAUAUUUUCUGGUCCCUUGAAAGGAAUAGAUCUUGCUGUGCGUCCCCACUCUGCGCCAGAGUAUAAGGAUGACACCAUGACAGUUUUCCAAAUCCCCAUAUACAGUAAACAGAAGCAUGGACAGCACCAGCCAUCACAGAGUCCAGAAAGAUUCAGUGCGGAGCAGUCUUCUGAUUCCAUGUCAUCUGAAAAUGAGCAGCACCUUCCAGAAGGUAGUGUUAGCCAGGAGACAAGUGGCAGGGACCCCUCCUUGGUUGUAGCUUUUGUCUGUAAGCUUCAUGUGAAGAAAGGAAGCUUUUUGGUACUCAGAGCAAAGGAGCUGGGCCUCCCAGUUGGGACAGCAGCCAUUGCCCCCAUCAUUGCUGCUGUCAAAGAUGGGAAGAGUGUCACUUAUGAAGGAAGAGAGAUUCAGCCUGAAGAGAUCUGUACUCCUCCGGAUCCGGGUGUUGCUUUUAUUGUGGUAGAAUGUCCAGAUGAAGGAUACAUUCAGCCCAUCUGUGAGAAUGCCGCAUUCAAGAGGUACCAAGGGAAAGCUGAGACCACUGUGGCCCUGGUGGCUCACAUGGCCCCAGAGAGUGUACUUGCGGAUGGCAGAUACCAGCAGUGGAUGGAGAGGUUUGGGCCUGACACCCAGCACCUGAUCCUGAAUGAGAAUUGUACAUCGGUUCACAACCUCCGCAGCCACAAGAUUCAAACACAACUCAACCUCAUCCACCCUGACAUCUUCCCAGCACUCACCAGUUUCAACUGUAAGGAAGCUGGUGCAGCCUUCAAUGUGCCCAUAGUUCGAGGUGAAUGCCUCCUCAAGUAUCAGCUCCGCCCUCGGAGGGAAUGGCAAAGAGAUUCCAUUAUCACUUGCAAUCCUGAAGAGUUUGUAGCUGAGGCCCUUGAGAUCCCCAAUUUUCAGGAGAGUGUGCAGGAAUACAGGAAGACUGUACAGCGUGCCUCCAGCCCAGGAGAGAAAAUACAGUAUCCAGAAAUCAUCUUCCUUGGAACAGGGUCUGCCAUCCCGAUGAAGAUUCGAAAUGUCAGCUCCACACUUGUCAACAUAAGCUCCGACAAGUCUUUGCUCUUGGACUGUGGCGAAGGGACAUUUGGGCAGCUGUGCCGUCACUUUGGGGAUGAAGUGGACAGGAUCCUGAGCACACUCACUGCUGUGUUUGUGUCCCAUCUACAUGCAGAUCACCACACAGGUUUGGUAAAUAUUUUGCUGCAGAGAGAACGAGCUUUGGCUACUAUGGGAAAGCCAUUUCACCCUCUGCUAGUGGUUGCUCCAACCCAGCUAAAGCCCUGGCUCCAGCAGUACCACAAUCAGUGCCAGCAGAUUCUGCAGCAUAUCAGUAUGAUUCCUGCCAAAUGCCUUCAAAAGGGAGCUGAGGUCUCCAAUCCGACAAUUGAAAAGUUGAUUGCUUUGUUGUUGGAAACAUGUGAUUUAGAAGAGUUCCAGACCUGCCUAGUCCGGCACUGCAAACAUGCAUUUGGCUGUGCCCUGGUCCAUACGUCUGGCUGGAAAGUGGUCUACUCAGGGGACACCAUGCCCUGUGAAGCUCUGGUCCAGAUGGGGAAAGAUGCCACCCUCCUGAUCCAUGAGGCCACUUUGGAAGAUGGCCUGGAGGAAGAGGCUGUGGAAAAGACACACAGCACUACCUCUCAAGCAAUUGGUGUGGGGAUGCGGAUGAAUGCGGAGUUCAUCAUGCUGAACCACUUCAGCCAACGCUACGCUAAGAUUCCUCUCUUUAGCCCUGACUUCAAUGAGAAAGUUGGAAUUGCCUUUGAUCACAUGAAGGUCUGCUUUGGAGAUUUCCCAACGGUCCCCAAGUUAACAGCCCCCCUGAAGGCUUUGUUUGCUGGUGACAUCGAGGAGAUGGAGGAGCGCAGGGAAAAGCGGGAGCUGCGGCUGGUGCGGGCGGCGCUCCUCUCCCAGGAGCGAGCAGACGGUGCUGAGACCAGCAAGCCCCAGCAGAAACGGGCCCACACAGCAGGGCCUUCCAGCCCCGAGGGCAAGAAGGUCCGCGUGAAAUAAAGGGUCAGGAAUGACCAUGAACUCCA